GAUGUGGACGGCGUGGGCUUGGCCGUGGGUGACCAAAUCGCUGCGCGGCAAACGACGAGCUGCAAGGACUUCGAUGACGACGGAGGCGAUGGACGCGUCUUUCAGGUGAAACCCACCUCCCUUCCUUCGGAGUGCUUCUCCUGUGGGAUGUUAGAGUCCUCGAGUGGAUGGGUGGCCGAAAGCUCUGAACUUGGUGAAUGGUAUCAGAUGGAUGCCGGGGCUCCGACACACGUCAGCGGCAUUGCCAUCAAAAAGCGUGCAGAUGCUGAUGAAUGGAUUUCCAAGUUCUUG